GUGAUCCCUCAACUGCCAAAUCACAAGCCUUGCGAUUCAUGCUGAACACGGCCACCGUUGCUAUCGCAACCACCGGUCGAGGUUCGAGUGGUGUGGGUUUAACCGCAGCGGUACUUACAGAUAUGGAGACGGGGGAGAAGCGUUUGGAAGCUGGUGCCAUGGUGUUGGCUGAUAGAGGAGUG